AUGAAUUCUGUGUUACAGCCUUUGAUCACACCUCAGUAUAGGUGCACUCCGUUUGUGCUACGGCUAGUAAGAUACAAUUCUAAUGCGCAGAACCGUUGGUUAGCGAGGCAAAAGAAUGAUCAUUUCACCAAGGCUGCAAAGGAACAGCAGUUUAGGUCCAGAGCAGCAUUCAAAUUAAUGGACAUUGAUGAUAAAUACCGGUUCUUCAAACAAAAUCAGAAAGUUUUAGAUCUUGGGUUUGCGCCGGGUGCCUGGUCACAAGUAGCGAGGAAAAGGAUCGGUUCAGGUGGAAUGAUCAUGGGGGUUGAUUUGUUACGUUGUACUCCGCCAAAGGGAGUGUAUUCGUUACAGGCUAACAUCCUAUCGAAAAAGACUCAUGAAUUGAUCAGACUUUGCUUUGCUCGUCAUAUCCAGCUAAACAAGCAUGAUCAAUUACAUAAGGAUCAUGGGUAUCUCCAGCACAUGCUAGAGGAAGAGUUAAACCAUUUGAAGGAAACAGAGGAGUAUAAGGAGCUAUUCUCACAGACAGAUAUCAGUCAGAACAUCGAACGAUACCCGGUCGAUGUUGUGCUUAGCGAUAUGAUGGCAAACACGACAGGCAUACAAAGUAAAGAUCAUUAUAUGUCGAUGGACUUAUGUGAUGCUGCAUUAAUUGUAGCAAUCGACCUAUUAAAACCGGGAGGUUCAUUCACUUGUAAAUUAUAUGCUGGAAGCGAAGAUACCCUUCUUGAAAAGAGACUUAAAAAGGUAUUCAAAAAAGUCGACAGAUUCAAACCCAAUGCAUCGAGAAAUGAAUCAAAAGAACUGUAUUUCGUGGCUCGCGGGAAGAAAACUGAUAUAGAUAAAUUGAAGGUGUUUUUAGAGGAAUAA